AAAAAUAUUAGGUUUGGAGAAUUAUUGCCCGUUUUAUGCAAGAAAUAUUUGAAAAUCGCGGCGAAUUGUGGUCAAUAGCUACCUUUUGCCUUAUUUUUUAAUUUAACUCAGAUGUGCUGCUGGUAUUUAGUUGGACAUCAGCUAUCGAUUACUAUUGUUUUUCGCUAAAUGUUUUGAUUGUGUCUCAUAAAUGUUAUUAUACACAGCUGUUAAAUUAGCAACAUCUUUAUUUCACCGGAAAAUUUUCGGAAAGAAAAAAUAUAAUUCAAGUUUCUUGCUUAAAUAUCAACUUUUUUACUAAAAAGAUGGAUGGUGAUGCUGCACUUCGUUCUUGGGAAUUGGAAAAUAAUGUGAAAACCUUGCCAUCAUGUGAUGAAAUUUUUCGCUAUGAUGCCGACCAACAAAGACAAAUACUCGAUGCAAAGCCAUGGGAAAAGGAUCCACAUUACUUUAAGGAUAUCAAGAUAUCUGCAUUGUCUUUAUUGAAAAUGGUAAUGCAUGCACGUUCAGGUGGCACUUUGGAGAUAAUGGGUUUGCUUUUAGGCAAAGUAGAAGACAAUACUAUGAUUGUGAUGGAUGCAUUUGCUUUACCCGUUGAAGGUACAGAAACCAGAGUUAAUGCUCAAUCGCAAGCUUAUGAGUACAUGUCGGCCUAUAUUGAUUCGGCCAAAGAAGUUGGACGCCUUGAAAAUGCCAUCGGCUGGUAUCACAGUCAUCCCGGCUAUGGUUGUUGGCUGUCUGGCAUUGAUGUAUCAACUCAGAUGCUUAAUCAGAACUAUCAAGAGCCUUUUGUGGCCAUUGUUGUAGAUCCGGUACGCACUGUUUCGGCAGGCAAAGUUUGCCUUGGCGCCUUUCGCACUUAUCCCAAGGGCUAUAAGCCACCGAAUGAGGAACCAUCGGAGUAUCAAACCAUUCCUUUGAACAAAAUUGAAGAUUUCGGAGUUCAUUGUAAACAGUAUUACCCACUGGAAGUAAGCUAUUUCAAAUCAGCCUUAGAUCGAAAAUUACUAGACUCAUUGUGGAAUAAAUAUUGGGUCAAUACUUUGGGUAGCUCAGGCCUAUUGACUAAUACUGAAUACACAACCGGCCAGAUUUUUGAUUUGUCCGAGAAAUUAGAACAAAGUGAGUCGAGUCUUGGAAGAGGUACUUUCUUAAUUUCGGGAGGCGAUGUUAAUGAAAAACGUACUGAAGACAAAUUAACGAAGGCCACACGUGAUUGUAGCCGUGCUUCAAUUGAAUUGAUACAUGGCUUGAUGGCACAAAUUGCCAAAGAUAAAUUAUUCAACAAAGUGGGUUUGGACAACAAAUGAAUUUAAUUGAAUAUUUAUUAGAAUAUUAUGAUCCUGUAAAACUGGCAUAUUGGUCAUAACUUAUAAAACUUUUUUUAUAAUAAAUAAAGAGAUUCCUAAUGGCAUGAUUCAAAAUUAA